AUGCCAGAUUUCAAGUCUAUGCCAAAAGAAGACGAUUUGGUCCAUUAUAUUGUUACUGCAAAGACAACUCCAAAUCAAUCGAGUAUUCCUGCUUUGAUACAGACAGAUCCUUACUUCAAGAAGACUAUGGAGAUUGUUGGAGUUAUUUGUGGAACUUUGUUGUUACUUUCUUUUGUUUUUUGCUGUAUUUUCAAUCAUCACAAGGAUUCUCAUCAUGAUAUUGAUGUCCUUUUGAUAACAAACAAGGAUGUUGAAGAAGAUACUAAUGAUAGCGUCAAAACUGAUUUAAUUGAAUCAGUUUGA